UGCAGAGUCCUAAUGAAAGGAAAGGUGGCAAAGGGACGAAACUUUUCUGGGCAGUGUUACAGAGAGCCAAAGGAACUUUUGGAAACAUCACUGCAAGAAGAAGAAUUUGGAUUUAUUAUUUACUGGAGCAUCACAGUUAGACCAUGUCCAAGCAAAAUGCUAUAUUUCAGGAUGUGGACCUACAAUGCAGGGUCAAUAACCGUGCCCAUCACACAGAGGAGAUGGACUCAGAUCAGUUGGUAGUGCGCCGAGGACAGUCCUUCUCUUUGCUGCUGCUGUGCACAGACACUCCACCACAGCCUCCAGACUAUCAGCUCGCCCUUGUUCUUCAAAUGGGUAAAAAAGGUGAGGUGGUUGUCCGGGCCUCUAGUUCGAGAGCGGCUCAUGGUAAAUGGUGGUUCAGUGAGCAGACGGCUCAGACUGAGGUGUUACUGAGGAUCCACAGCCCUGCAGACGCUCCAGUGGGGCUUUACAGUGUGACUGUACUCCUGCUCUCUGCUGAGGGCCACAUUGUGGAGCAGACAAGCCCUUACUCCUUCUACCUGCUCUUCAACCCCUGGUCUGCAGCUGACUCUGUGUACAUGCCUGAUGAGGAGCUUCUGCAGGAGUACGUUCUGAAUGAGAAUGGCAUCCUGUACCAGGGCUCAUGGGACCAGAUCACCUCAAUGCCAUGGAAUUUUGGACAGUUUGAAAAGGCUGUAGUGGACAUCUGCUUUGAGAUACUGGAUAAUUCCCCUGCUGCCUUAAAACACUCUGAGAUGGAUAUUGCUAACAGAGCAGACCCAGUCUACGUCAGCAGGACCAUUACUGCAAUGGUUAAUGCAAAUGAUGACCGUGGGGUGGUGUCUGGACGCUGGGAUGGGGAAUACAGUGACGGGGUGCCUCCCACACGGUGGACUGGCAGCGUUCCCAUCCUGAGACGUUGGAGUGAGGGGGGUGCUCAGAGAGUGCGGUAUGGGCAGUGCUGGGUGUUCUCAGCUGUGGCCUGCACAAUUCUUCGCUGUUUGGGCAUUCCUACCCGAUGUGUCACAAACUAUGCCUCAGCCCACGACACUGAUGGCAACAUCAGUGUGGACUACCUGUUUAAUGAAGAGCUGGAGAGUGUGUCAGAGGGCAGGAAAGACAUGAUUUGGAACUUCCACUGCUGGGUGGAGUCAUGGAUGAGCAGAGAGGACCUCCCAAAAGGUUAUGAUGGGUGGCAAGUACUUGACCCAACUCCACAGGAAAGAAGUGAUGGUGUGUUCUGUUGUGGACCCUGUCCAGUCCAGGCAGUGAGAGAAGGAGAGGUGGGGAUGAAGUACGAUGCUCCUUUUGUGUUUUCUGAAGUGAACGCUGACCUAGUCUGCUGGAUCGUUCAUCCAGAUGGGGAGCGGACACAAGCAUCACUGAAUAGCGGCACUGUGGGCAAAAACAUCAGUACUAAGAGUGUGAAUGGCGAUUACAGAGAGGACAUUACUGCUAACUACAAAUACCCUGAAGGGUCCAUGAAAGAGCGAGAGGUUUAUGAGAAGGCUGGGAAACAUGUGGGCAACCGAAAUGGAAGGCCCCGUCAGUUGCAGCUCUCUAUAAAGCAUGCCCAGGCUGUUCAUGGCACAGACUUUGAUGUGAUCAUAGAGGUGCAUAAUGACGGUGGUGAAGACACACAGGUACAGCUUACGAUCACGUCUAAUGCUGUUACUUACAAUAGUCUUCACCGAGGGGAAUGCCAAAGGAAGACAGCUGAGCUCACCGUACCAGCACAGAAAGCUCACAAGGAAGUGAUAAGGCUAUUAUAUGACCAUUAUGGAUCGUGUGUAUCAGAGCAUCACCUUAUCAGAGUCACUGCACUCCUUCAGACCAGUGGACCAAACAACAUCAUCCUGCAAGAGGUCAACAUCCCUUUAAAAAUGCCCAAGCUUCAUAUUAAGGUGAUUGGAGAACCAGUGGUCUCACGCAAACUGACAGCGCUCAUAUCCUUCACCAACCCAUUGCCUGUCACUCUCCAAAGAGGUGUGUUUACAGUGGAGGGUGCUGGACUUACAGAAGAGCAGGAGAUCCAGUCCCCUAAUGAUAUUGGACCCGGGCAGUACACUGCAGUCAAGUUCUCCUUCAAACCCAGUCGAGCUGGCCUGAGGAAACUCCUGGUCGACUUUGACUCAGAUAGACUAAGAGAUGUGAAGGGUGAAGCCACUAUAAUUGUUCAGGAGAAAAAGGUCUAAGAAAGCUUAAAGGUCUAAUUCAGCAGUUUAUAUUUGAAAUAAUCCUAUUGAUAAUGACACCAUGAAAGAUAUGCUGGUUGCUUGCUGACCAAAACCUUUGUAUAGCUCUUUGUAGAAUAAAGGUAAACCGUGCUAUUGUACUAAAUCAUGUCUUACUACUAUGUAUGUGAAGUAUAUAUAACUUUACAACAUUAUGUUAUGUCUCUUUGUUUAUGCAGACCAUGUGUGCAGUUUUUAUGAAGCCUAAAUAGAUGCAUUUACAUUCAUUUUUUAAUUGAAAUGUUUUUACUGUUUAGUGUUGAUGUUUUCACCCAGUAACUGGUGGUAUUGAAUUAUCCUGUAUGUUGAAUACACCUCAACACACCAAAUAAAAAAUACACUUGAA